AUGGCAUCCACGGAUUACAAGUUCGAAGGCUGGCUCGGCCAUGACCCUUCAUCGGUCAAGGGUAACAUGAAAUGGGGUGAAUUCGAGCCCAAGAAGUGGGAUGAAGAUGAUGUCGACAUCAAGAUCUCUCACUGCGGAGUCUGCGGCUCUGACACCCACACCCUGUCUUCCGGCUGGGGCCCCACACCAUACCCCUGCUGCGUAGGACACGAGAUCGUAGGAAAGGCUGUUCGAGUGGGCAAGAACGUGAAGAGCGUCAAGGUCGGCGACCGAGUUGGUGUUGGCGCUCAGGCUGACUCUUGCGGCACCUGCGCGGACUGCAAGAACGGCAAUGAGCCACACUGCUUCAACGGCGUCAACACCUACGGCUCUCUCUACAAGGCUCCGAAGGAGCGAAAGUCCAUGGGCGGUUAUGCCACGUACAACAGAACGCCAAGUCGCUUUGUGGUGAAGAUCCCUGACGGCCUCGACUCGGCAUCGGCAGCUCCUAUGCUUUGCGGUGGCAUUACCGUCUACUCGCCUCUGAAAGCAAAUGGCGCUGGACCAGGCAAACGAGUUGGUAUCGUCGGUGUUGGCGGUCUUGGUCACUUCGCCGUACUAUUCGCCAAAGCUCUGGGAGCAGACGAAGUGGUCGGAAUCUCACGCAAGAAGACCAAGGAGCCCGAAGUCCUCAAUCUUGGCGCUGACCGCUACAUCGCCACCGACGACGACAAGGACUGGGACAAGAACAACGCCCGCUCGCUCGACCUUAUCAUCUGCACGGCUUCCAGUGCCAAGAUGCCCAUGGACGGCUACCUCAAACUUCUCGCUGUUGGAGGCACGCUCAUUCAAGUUGGUGCCCCUGAUGGUGGCGAGCUGCCACCGAUCAACGCAUUCACUCUCAUUUUCGGCGGCAUCAAGGUUGGAGGCAGCGCGAUUGGAACUCCCCGAGAGAUCGAGGAGAUGUUGAAGCUGGCGGAGGAGAAGAAGAUUCACCCAUGGAUUGAGAAGAGAUCAAUGAAGGAGGCGAACCAGACGAUUCUCGAUCUCGAGGCGGGCAAGCCUCGAUACCGAUAUGUGCUGUGCAAUGAGGAGUAG